AUGCGUGUUCGUCGUUGCCGCUACGCCUCAUCUCCUCCACGCCUCUCUCCCGUCAAUGACUUUUGUGUCCCAGGGCAGCACCAGCCCUCGCUGGGACAGUCGCAAUCAGGGAUUCAUCCCCCAUCCCAGCUCCACCAGUGGAAGCAGCAACAGGAACGCGUACACGACUUCUCUCCAUCACCUCCUCCAGACAGGCGGCCUCAGCCAGAGCCUCGUCCUGCCGUGCUCAGAAAGAACUCGGCAGCGCCUGCAAGUCCGCCGUCUAACACCAAUCAUAGCCAUUCGCGGUCGUUCUCCGCGUUCUCCCUCUUCAAGGCUAGGCAUCCUCAAGAGAACCCUCCUUCGCCACCGCCUCCAGCGGAUGAUGACCCCGUCAACCUCUGCGCCUCAACCUGCCGUGAACAAACCGCGCUGAGCCGGCUGUCUUCGGCUGAUGCCCCUACGCCUCCGCUCCAUCCAGAGAUACGCUCGAUCGUGCAGCUCACGCUCGCACAUGCGCACAAAAUCUACUUCUCUGGGCCGCUCGUGAAGCGCGUCGAGCGUCAGCCAGAUGGUCAGAAGCCGACCAGGGACGAGGCCAUUGAGGAGGCGAGCAAGCAGGGUAAGCAGGUACCUCCCACUUACAUCAAUGUGACCGACUCUUUUGUGAAUGUUCUGGGAUCUCUGACAAUGUCGUCAACGCCGGGCGGGCCCCCUACCAAGUUCACGAACGUAAUAACCGUCAAUACCGCGGGGUCCAACCUACUGUUGUUCGCAUGCCCUUCCCCACAAGUGCUAGUAUCAUGGGCAUCCGCAUUCCGUUUGUCCGCUUGGGAGAAGUCGAGGUUGGAAGAGAUAUAUACCGCCCAUCUCAUCCGGAUCACUCUGAAUGAUGGGAGGGACGCUCCGUCGCCGCUCGUCAACGGCAAGAUGGAGGGCUGGGUGCGUAUCCGUAUCGCGGGCCAGGUCGAUUGGAAGCGGAUGUGGAUGGUAGUCUCAGUAGGUGGGCACCCUUAUGAUGGAUCGUCCGUCUCUUCUGUCGACCAUCGGCCAGGGUCUCCGACUACUCCGCGUCGCAAGAAACGCAUUUCAGACCUCUUUGUCAAAGAGCGUAGUCCCACCCGAGCAGCUCCGCCGGCGAAGCCUAUCAUCCACCUUGUAGCAUCGCCCAAGCCGAAAGACAGGAAGCAGCCUCUGCUCACCAUGAGUGCCGUCACGCAGGCGUUCGCGGUGUAUCCCGAGCGGCCGGAGCUGAUUAGCCGGAGCACUCUCAUGAAGCUGGAAGGCAUAUUUGGCGAGGAGGAAAUGGCUGGGGGUAUGAAGCUGCGGGAAGGAUGGCUCAUGGUGCUGCCAGAGUUCGAAGGCUCAAACAUUCGAGCGUCCGAGAUGCUCAGAUGGCUAAUCGCGCUUCAUGACACGUUUGAACUCUACGGCCGGCCGCGCCAGUAUAGCUGGGACCCAAGAGAUCCGCGCAGUAUGAUGUUCGCUUAUCCAAUAGGACCUCAGCGGGAUAUGCUAUUCUUGGACCGUGAACUGGCGGAGACGCUUGAUGUCCGAGACGAGCGUACAUCAACUAUCCGCUCUCAAUUGCAGAACAUACUCGCCGACCGGAUGCGUGGAACACAGGAACACAGUCCCAUCGCGGAUAAACCGCCUGUGCUACCCCCGCUCCCAGAUGCCAGUUCAGAGGAUCUCAACGCUAAUGGCAAGGCAACCAGGGCAGAGCCUCCUGAACAGCCCAAACCACGCGAGGAGUUCGCGAUGCAGCUGCCUCCGCUUGACUUUUCAUCUGAAGAGCCGCCGACAGUUCCAGAGAAGAGGGUGUUGACACCGAUCACCGAGCGCAGCACGUCGCGUGAUCCUAGUCGAUCCCUCUCGUUUGAGGAGCCUGCGUCAAAACAAUUGUCUUCACAGGUCAAUUCUCCGCCACGAAUCGCUGAGGCGGCGGAGGAAGACAACCGCGUUCUUGGGGAGGCUAUCGUGAUUAGUCCUACGGCAACAACUCCACCUCCACUGCCGCCGAUACCUAUCCAAGAAAGAGGCAGGCGUAACCCCUCAUUCGAGGUCUUCCGGCCUCAACCUAAGGCCCAACGCCCGGAGCUUGACCGGCCUGCCUCGAAGUCGUCGCUGGGAUAUUUAUCUACAGCUCCUCAGACGCCGAGCAUGCAGGCUCCCACGUCUACUCCUGGACCAGAAGCGCGCCCUGCUGCCAGUGCUCAGGCGUCCCCACCGCCCGCGAAACCUCCCACGUCACCUCCGGCACCUACGUCCCCCGUUGACAGGCCGGCACCCACUCGGUUCCGAAAUCACUUCCGCACCCUCUCGGGCACCUUCGUCUCCCGUUGUUCCGCAAGCCCCUUCGCCCUCGUCCAAGUCGCUGCCGCAGGUGCCUCCCGCUUCCUCUAG